UAAUAGGAACAACUCGUACCAUAUAACCACAGUGUUAUCAUGUUUGGUAAAUGGAGUCUCCACAAUGCAACGGGAUAAGGCAAAGAAACGGAAGCCACGACUAGCCAACCCCUGGUGGGAAUCCUUCGGUUUCUCUUUACUAGAAACCUUGACCAACAGAGACGACGGCUCCAUAUACGGAGCCGUUUACGAGUUCAACCGUUACCAGAAGACCCCUCAUCUGGGAAAACCUCCGCGUUACGUGAUUGCGUUUCGCGGCACGAUGCUAUGUUCAGAAACUAUGAAGUCAGAUAUGAAGCAAAACCUUCGAUGUCUUCUCAACACGCUUAAUCAGGGAAGAAGGUUUGAUAAUGCCAUAAAAGCAAUAAAAAAUGUGCUGGGCUAUCACAACGUCGAGACAGAAUCUGUCUGGCUCGCUGGACACUCUCUGGGAGCAGGUAUAGCCUUGUUGGCCGGGAAGGCCAUGGCGAGAUCUGGAUACCUCCUCCAGACUUAUGCAUUUAACCCGCCCAACUUGGGUCUUCUUUUAGAGUACCUAUUUGAUAACGAGAUUUUUAAAGGCGGGGUUCGGAUCUUCGGGAGUUUCGCCAAAACCGCCGUAGCCUCGCUCUGUGAUCUCAAGAUUCAAGAAGACGAUCUAAGAACAAGCUCAUGGACACCUCACUUAUAUGUGAACAAAUCAGAUCCAUUAUGUACAGAAUUUAUUGGUGAUUUCAAACAUAAAAACUACAUGCCUACGAUCGGAGCAAGCAAAGUUGAGAGUGACGGUGCUAGAAUCUCAUUUAGGAGUCUAACUUUCAGAAGACGAACACCGUCAUCACCGUCAGAUUUUCCAGGGGAACCUAUUCAACUUCUUUCAUCAGCCGACAUGACGGUAAACAUGAACGUAAUGGAUGGUUUUAGGGCAGCUCAUGGGCUUAAGCAAUGGUGGGAGCAAGACCCAGCCCUUCGGAAAAAUUGGAAAACUCACAGGAUUAGGCCAUCUAUCUAGUACCAUAUAUUGGUUUUUGUCAAAUGCAUUUUCUAUCUGCUUCACAUGAUCCUCGCGUUUGGGAGCUUUUAUCCACCCCUACUUUUUCUUUUACCUGGCUGGCUUCUUUUCUUGUUCUG